UUAGCCCUUGUAGCUUGUACUCGACAUGUUGCUACUUUCUGUUUCUCCAAUUAAUUUCUCCCAUAUUGGGAAUGAUAAAAGGGUAUUUGGAAUGAUUUGCCCAAAACCGAACUCCCAAACGAACCCUUAAGGCUUGAACACUGCAAAUGCAAGAAACCUUGGGACAAGUGCAGGCCUUUUAAUGGGGUGGAAAAGCUUCAGCCCUGCAGGUAUUUGGAAGCAACAGCAUUUCUAAAUUUCUAAUCUUCAUGGAGAAGAACAUCACAACUCAGUUGAUGCUUACAGAAGCUAGAUUGUAAGGACGGUGUUUGAGAAAACCCAGCAGAAAACCAGGUUUUUCUUGAUCUUUUUGGUGUCAAUUUUCGUUAGGAUUGCUUUGGUAUCUUUCUGCAAAAUUGUGCAUUUAUAGACUGGAUAAUUUUGGUACGUGUCUUCUCUGAAUAAAAGAAAAGAUCCCUUCUGGUUUUAAGCCUCACAGUUUCAUAAUCUCUGAGAAACUUGAAAAAGGGGAAAGAAAAAAGAAAGAAAAGAUAAACGCCCAGAUGGCUGAUCCUCCAGACAAGAAGGUGCUUAAGGCCACUCAAGAAGAUGAUGGUAACGUUGAUAGGUUGAGUGCACUUCCGGACUGUGUACUGCUCUAUAUCCUCUCACGUUUCUGUUUCUGCACAGAAAGUGCUGCAGCCACCUCAGUAUUGUCCAAAAGAUGGAGAAACCUUUUCGUUUUGCUUCCUGAAAUUAAUCUAUAUUUCUUUGCGGACGAGGAUGUUUCUGACCGUGAUAGACUGUACUCAGAUUUUAUAAAUUUCACAAACAGGGUGAUCCGACAGCGAAAUGAAGCUCCAAUUAGAAGAAUUCGACUCGUUCUGAGCCAUUUUUCGGAAAGGCACCGGAUGCUCUUUGAGUGGCUGUUGAUAUCUGUUGCUGCUGCAUUUUCUUUGUCGAUUAUCCAAGAACUUGAGAUUUUAAUCGUGAUUGAUAGAACAACUAAGCCACUUUCAAUAUCUGUUCCGCCUGAAAUUUUUACCUGUAAAACACUAGUUUCUUUAUCACUAAAACUUGGGGUGUAUUGGACGGUUCCGGAUUUGGUGUGCUUGCCUAAUCUCAAGGUACUUGGCUUGGACAUGUUCAAAUUGGUAGAUGAAGCUUGUAUUGGGAAGUUUCUUCAGGGUUGUCCUUUGCUUGAACAGUUGGAGUUAUCUAUGCGACCUUUCAACCAUGAGCGUGACGCUGACGAACAUAUUGAAGUCAAUUUUUUUAAAAUCUCAAGUCCUGUGUUAAAGAGAGUGAUCCUCUGUUUCCAGGGAGUUGAAUCUGAGUUUACUACUGUUGUUGAGUCCAACAGUCUUGAACACUUGAGUUUCUUACUUGAUGGACAGCAUAAAGUUGCUAUAGAUGCCCCAAAUCUCAGGUCUUUGAAACUUGAUGGCGAUUUACUUGAAGUCGAUAUCAUUCAAAACUUGAUUUCUCUUGACAAUGCAUUACUGGAAAUUGAUUUUCUGUGUCAUAUGAGAACUAGAAGCGCCAUAAUUUCAUGCAGUGAGCGUGCUUUUAAGUUUUUUAGAGGAUUGCAAAAUGUGAAAUCAAUUUCUUUCUCAGAGAGCUUCCUUAUCGCUCUCUAUUUUUCUCAAAGGGUUUUGCCAACAUUCAGAAACUUGAUCAAAUUACAGCUUGAUCCUUUUGAUUGCCCUGCUUUUCCUCGCGAAUGCAUGUCUAGCAUAUUAUCAAGCUUAUUUGAAAGUUCUCCGAACCUUGAAGUGCUUAUCUUCAGUGAAGUAAGUUACAAUGGACACUUGUAUUGCAGGCUUAUUUCAGUUGUAUUAUGCAGUCCCUUAUGUACAUCAAAUGCACAGGUGUCCAAGAACUACUUUAGCAAAGAUGAAGAACUUAAUUCUGUCUUCCAUGAGGCUCUUCCACUAGUGUUGGUUGAAUGCCUUAAGGAAAUAGAAAUCGGAAAUUUUAAAGGGGAGGAACAUGAAUUGAAGCUGGUAGAAUUUUUUUUGGAGAGUGGGAAAUCUUUAAAGAAGAUGACUCUCUUUGGUCAUGCUGGUGUGUCUUUAUCAAAAGGUCUAGACAGGAUAUUGUCAUUCAAAAAGUGCUCAGACGAUUGCCAGAUUGUGUCAAAAGCGCCAUGGAACUGGUUUUUUCGCUCAAACUAUUACAAGCUGUUUGACAGGAGACGGAAAUCACAAGAUAUUGCAUGGAACCAAUGCAAACCAUUCAACAAUUUAGUCAUCUUGCUGUUAACGAUGACUGAUCAUGAUUACGAUCAUCCUUCGGAACCCAAAAGGGCUUUUAGAAGAAAAACCACCCCAGAUGACAGAUUGAGUGCCCUUCCUGAUGAAAUUCUUCUUCAUAUCCUGUCAUUUUUCUGCACGAAAGAUGCUGCAAGAACGUCAGUUCUGUCCACCAGGUGGAGAGACCUUUUUAUUUGGCUUCCUGAUGUUGAUCUUACUUUCUCUGAAGCAUACACGUGUAAUUUCAUGGAUAAGCGUCGCACAUUGUGCUGUCAUGCCCUAAAUAAGCGUGACAUGUUGCUCUGUAAGUCCAUAAAAUUUAUCAAUUUUGCCAAUCGAGUGAUUAUGCUACGAAAAGGGGCUCCUAUAAGAAAAUUGAAACUCUUUUUGGCGUCCGUUAUCCCAGGUAAUAGCGUGACAAUUGAUUCGUUGAUAUUUGCUGCACUUUCGUGUACACUCCUAGAAAUUGGUAUAUUUAUUUAUAGUGAUAAAAAUUGGAAAUUAGCUCGUGCUGGAUUAUUCUCUUGCAAAACGUUAGUUACUUUGAAAGUAAUCGGUGGUGAAGUGGAUUUGGUUCUGCCAGAUUCAGUUUAUUUACCAAAUCUUAAGGCACUGCACUUGCUUGAAUUGGCACCAGUAGAUGCUCAGUCCAUUACUAGGCUUAUCAACGCCUGUCCUUUGCUUGAAGAACUGGAGUUAGGUAUAGAAUCACACAAUUUGAGUAAAAGGCUUUUAAGUAGAGCAGUCAAUUUAUCUAGUCCUUCACUGAAGAAACUGAUACUCUGUGGUCGCUUGGCUGGGUGUUCUUAUAUUAUUGAGGCAAAGAAUCUUGAGUAUUUGGAAUAUCGUGCCCGGCAAACGCAACAAAUUAGUCUAGAUGCCCCAAAUGUUAAGUAUUUGAUCUACAGUAGUCUUGACAGUAUAAACUUGAUUCAAAACUUGAAGUCUCUUGUUGAAGCCAAAAUCAGAGUUCACUGCUCCAGUUAUCCAACUGAAAGAGGCUUCUCAUUGAAUGAUUUGCAUGCUUUUGUUAAAGGACUGGAAAGUGUGAAGUCACUCUAUCUAUAUCAUUCUAGUCUGCAGGCUCUCUACCUUUGUCGUGAGUUGCUGCCGACUUUCAAAAAUUUGACUACUCUGUCUCUUGAUCCUUCCAAUGAUUUGUUUCUUACGAAUUAUGAUCAUACCUGUUUAUGGAAAGUGUUACCUAGCUUACUGAAAAACGCCCCUAAUCUUGAAGUUCUGAUCUUUGAUCAAGUGUUUAGGAACAGCUUUAGUGCAUCUGAGAAAUUUGAGUGUAUUCUGCCAGACGCAAUUCCAAUAUGCUCCGUUCACCAUCUUAAGGAGAUGGAAAUCAAAAAAUUCAACGGCGAGGAACACGAAUUCGAGGUAGUAGGGUACUUUUUGAAGAACGGGAUUUCUUUAACGAAGAUGACUCUUUGCGGAGUUAUGAAACCUUCAUCAGAAUCCUGCAGAAGGAUACUGUCAUUCUGGAAAUGCUCUGAGGAUUGCCAAAUUUUGUUCAAAGAACUCAAUUCAAACAGGAUUUGACGAUUGCCUAUAUGAUAGGGUGAUCAUCUCUUGUUAGUUUUGUAUCUAAAUUUCUAAUCAUAUGUUUUGACGCCAUUGUUGAAGCUAUUGGGAUGAAUUGAUUCUUUCUGAAGUUGAUCAUUCAA